AUGGAAAGCGAUGACGAUUACGAGUCCUUUUCGUUUCCAAACGACGAGCCUUCGCCUUCGCCUUCACCCAAGCACCGAAGGCUCAAACGCCUCAAGAAGUCCACGGCUGUUGCGGCUCAAUCAGCGCCGGUUGAAUCAGUAAGUGAACUCAUUGACUUGCCCAGAGUUGACUUUGCCAGACUGGAAGCCCUAGAAUCUUCGGAUAUCCGAGCAUUUGAUGAUUCAAGUAAGCCACUUUCGUCUCAGACGUCUCCGCCGUCUGAGGGUUUUGAUGGUCACGGGAAGGGUAAAGAAUCGAACUCUGGUUUUGAUAACACGCUUGUGGAUGAAGAUCCGAAGGAAACUAAGAAAGCAUCAGAAUUUGAAGAGGGGUUUGGUGAUGAUGGAAAGGAAAAGGAGUUGGGCUCUUGUUUUGAUGAUACGCGUGUGAAUAGCGAUCGGAAGGUAAGGAAGAGGGACUUGGAAUUUGAAGAGGGUUUGAAUGAUGAUGAGAUGGAAAAUAAAUUAGGUUCUGGUUGUGGUGAUACGCCAGUGAGAACAGAUCGGAAGGAAACAAAGAGGGUAUUGGAGUUUGACGACGAGAUUAAUGGGAGUGGAGUGGAUCAAGUGGGUGAAAAGGAAGGAGAAACUUUACACAUGAAAACUAGGGAAGAUGGGGAGAAGGAAGUUGAUGAAGGUGCGAUGAAUGAGAAGGAAGGGAGGAAAAAAAGACUCAAGAGUUCCAGUGAGGACCCAAAAGCCAAAACCUCGUCUUCCAACAAAAGAAGGGAAGAAAAGGAAAGAAAAGCUCAUCUUGAGCAACUUCAUGCUGAAUCUCAGAGACUUUUAAGAGAAACUAGAGGUGCAGCGUUUAAACCAGUACCACUCGUGCAAAAGCCCAUAUCAUCGAUUUUGGAAAGGAUAAGACAAAGGAAGCUUGAGCUGUCAAAGAAGUUUUGCCAGCCAAGUAAUAGUGAAUCUGUCAAGGAAUAUGAUGGCUGUUUGAAAGAGGCUGCAAUAGAUCAUUCCAAGAGCGUAGAAACAGAAGUUGGUGACUUAUCAGAGUCUGUGAAAGAGGAGAAAGUUUCAAGCGUCCUGAAUGGAGAGCCUGUAUCAGAUGAUAUAUGUAAGAAUGGACCUGAUGUCUGUGGAGAACAGAAGAGUUGUGACAAUGCAUGUUCACAAAUGGCUUUGGAUGAGGAGUCUACACCUGUUUUUCGAGCUCCUGUUGAUGAUACUGAGGAACUUUUUGGUGAUUGCCAAACAAGCGAUAGUAAAGAGUCUAAAGAUGAAGAGCCUGGUGAGCAGACUAUUAGUUCUCAGGAAGAGGAAAUGGGACCUUCUUGGCUAACAAUGAAAUUGAAGCUUGAUUCCGCUCCUGAUGAUAUUUCUGACAAAGAAGAAAAUGACAAGGAGAACAUCAAUCCUCAUGUUCAUGAACAUGCCAAAGAGUGUUCUUCCCCAAAAGGAGAUCCUGUUAAAGCAUUUGUUGACGAGGAGGCUGAGGAAGAAGAUGAUAGUGAUAAUGACCGAAUGCGGUUCGGAGAUGAUGAAGAAGAUGAAGAUGAUGGUGAUGCUGAGGAACUCCGUAAGAUGAUAGCAACUGGGUAUGUAGAAAAACCAAUUGACAAGGAAGCUCGCAAUGAACUUCAUCAAAAGUGGCUUGAAGAAAAAGAUGCAGCUGGAACUGAUGAUCUCUUGCGAAGGCUAAAUGUUGCUUCUAAACUCAGAGAGGCGUCUUUACUUGAUGAGGAGGAAGGUGAAGAGGAUGUAGAGCCAAUUGAUGAUGUUGAAGAAGAUUUAGAACGACCCCAGGUUGCUCGAAUGAAUUCAAAGAAAGCAAAAGAAAUGAUUGCUCAGAUGUUUACUGAUAAAGAUGAAGAUUUCUUAUCAUCCGACGAUGAGGAAACAGAUAAGCUAUUAGCUAGACGGUGUCUUUUUAACAAAGCUGAAGAAAAGGGUAAAUUAGUGUCACCAAUAGAGGAUGAGGAAUCAAAAGAAGUUUUUGGUCUUAUCAAGAAGCUAAAUACUGUUCCUGAGGCUCGGAAGAAGGCAAAGCCAGCAUCAUUCUUUGAUACAAUGCUCACAGGAGGGAAUAGCAACAGCUCUUCUAAGUCAUCUUUCCUGAGUCGAGUGUCGAACCAUUCUGUUUCAAUUUCCUCCAAGCAAGGAUCCACUGCUGUUCGAUCUUUCAUAUUUGGACGAGAUGACAGCAAUAGCCGAAAUUCAACAUCAGUUUCAGAGGAGACAUGUGAUACUACAUCAAGAGAAAUCGAAACAAAGAAGGUUACAACCACCAGUUAUUACCGCAGCUCACAAUCACAAGCCAGAUCUAGAAAGGUUGUUGGUGAGAGUAGCAGUAGCAGUAGCAGUAGCAGUAGUUCACUGUUUGAGAUACUGAAGCGAUCUUCUACGGUGCAAUCCAAUGAUGAGAAUAAUGUGGUUGAGCUUAGUCAAUCUGUUUUUGCUGCCUUUAAGAUUCCAAAGAAGCCUGUAAAGAUCCAAGGAAGAGUAUAG